AUGAACGCCUGGAAUGCCGAAAUCACUGCUCGCGGCCGCGACAAGGCUAGCCUCCUCAGGGUCUCCUGGAAAGUCUUUGGCAUGGAUUUCAUCAAAGCCGGUUUGGCCUUCCUGGCCGAAGCCAUAUUCAAGGUUGCUCAGGCCGUCUUCCUGGGCAACCUGCUCGUAUUCUUCCAGACCCCCGGGGCUCCCGUCGCCCAGGUAUGCUGCAUUGCCUAUGGAUAUGCUACUGCUCUGUCUGUUUGUGCCUUAAUCAAUGCUGUUCUUCAUCACGUUGACUUUUUCCUGGCCAUGCGGGGCGGAAUGCGCAUGCGUAUUGCCUUCAUCGCUGCCAUCUACCGCAAGUGCCUCUCGCUCUCCAUCUCCCACACGGCCUCAACGGGAUACAUCGUCAACCUGGUCUCGAACGAUGUCCAGCGCUUUGAGGACCUUGCGCCGUUCGUUCACGCCAUAUGGCUCGCCCCACUCGAGUCUGUCGUGGUCCUCUACUUCCUGUGGAAUCUCAUUGGCUGGGCCUCGCUGGUGGCGAUUGCCGUCAUGCUCCUGAUGAUCCCCGCUCAAGGCGUCAUUGCCAGAUCCUUUGGCCGGAUCCGCAAGGAUACCCUGAUCCAUCGCGACGACCGCAUCAAGAGUCUCUCGGACAUGCUUUCGGGCAUCAUGAUCGUCAAACUCUACGCAUGGGAGCGGCCCUUCUCUGAAAAGAUCACCGAAAGCAGGAACAACGAGAUGCGGCAUGUCAAGAAAGCCUCGAUCCUGCGAGCGCUGAACGAGGCCAUCUUCUUCGCUGCCUCGACCGUCGUCUCAGUCUGCGGCUUCAUUACCUUCUACUUUAUCCAGGCCGGCCCCUUCGUGGCCUCUCGAAUCUUCACCUCCAUCACCCUGAUUCAGGUCGUGCGGCUGGAUAUGACCAACUUCUUCCCGAAGGCCCUCCAAUUCGGCUCCGAGUCGCUCGUGUCGCUCAAGCGCAUCCAGCAGUUCCUCUCGCUCCCCGAGCUUGGCACUUCGCGCAACCCUGAGCACGAGAAAGAGCUCCUCGGCAAGAUCAACAAUCCUAGGGCUCGGAUUGUUUUCGAAGAUGCCUCGUUUGCCUGGCCGUCUUCGUCGUCCAUGGACAAAGUCCCUGCCGUCAAGUUGCAGCGCCAAGAAAGCGAAGUCGUCAGCUCCCUUGGACAGCCCGGGCAAAAGACCGUUCUCAAGAAACUCGACUUUGUCGUCUGUUCUGGCGAGGUCCUGGGUGUCUGCGGCCCCGUCGGCAGCGGCAAGACCUCGCUUCUGCAUGCCAUUCUCGGAGAAAUGGAGUGCGUCUCUGGUCGCUCGGCACUCGGAUCGCGAAAGAUUGCGUAUGCCACACAGAACCCUUGGGUCGUGGCGGGAACAAUCCGGGAUAACAUCACUUUCGGCCUGCCAUUCAACCCCACCUGGUUCAACAAAGUGAUCAAGGCAUGUGCCAUGGACACAGACAUCGCAGGCUUCCCGGACCGAGACAUGACCAUCGUCGGCGAGCGCGGCGUCGCGCUUUCGGGUGGACAAAAGGCUCGUCUGGCCUUGGCCCGUGCUCUGUACUAUGAUGCCGAUAUCUAUGUUCUUGACGAUCCCCUGAGUGCCGUCGAUACCAAGGUUGGCAGGCACUUGUUUGAGGAGUGUAUCCUCGGUGCUCUCAAGGACAAGGCCACGGUCCUGGUCACCCACCAGCUCCAGUUCAUUUCGCGCUGCAGCAACAUCAUGGUCAUCGAAGAUGGCAGCGUCUCCACAUAUGGCUCCUUCUCUGCGAUUCUUGACAAUGAAACCUCCAAGUUCUGCGGCGUCCUGCGCGACUUUUCCAAACAGCCGAUCAGCGAUGACUCCAUCGACGACGCUAUGGGACCGGCCAGCGCCGCCAACUCGGAAAAGAUUGCCGAGAGCUUGGUCAUCGAGGACUCGUCUGUGUGCGAGACAACCAAACCAUCGGAUCUCGAAAAGCCCGGCCUGGCCAACGCCGACGACUCGGCCAAGCCCGAUGCAAUCAAAGAAUCGGCUGCCCAGGGCAAGGUGUCGCUCUCGGUCUACAAGUCCUACUGGACAGCCGGCGCCUCCAUCCCGAGUCUGGUUGGACUGUGCAUGCUACUGUUUGUUGGCGAGGUUAUCCGAGUGACCUCGGACUGGUGGCUCUCCCACUGGGUCCAAGCCUCCAACAACCAGGACACUGUGUUUUGGACGCUCUACCUCGCCCUCGGAGUCACGACCCUGACGAUCGCCAUUAUUCGGGCCAUCUUCUUUUUCUGGAUCAGCUUGGAAUGCUCCAAUGCGCUGUUCCGCAAGAUGCUGCAGUCGGUGCUCAGGGCGCCCAUGUACUUUUUCAACACCAACCCGCACGGACGACUUAUGAACCGAUUCUCCAAGGACCUGAACCUAGCGGACGAAUCUCUGCCGCUGAUCCAGUUCGACUUUCUCCAGUGCGCCUUCAUGGUCCUUGGCACGAUGGUGCUGUCGAUUGUCGUCAUCCCCUACGUGGUGGUGCUGCUGCCUCCCAUCGGCAUUGCGUUCUACUACCUCCGAAAGUACUAUAUUGCCACCUCGCGGCAGGUGAAGCGUCUCGAGGGCAUCACCCGCUCGCCCGUGUACGCCACCAUCCCCGCCACCCUCGAAGGCCUGUCGACGGUCCGCGCCUUCAACGCCGAGGAGCGGUUCAUGAGCCGCUUUGUGCACCUGCAGAACGAAAACACCACGGUGUACUUUAUCAACAUCACCGCGGCGCGCUGGCUCGGCUUCCGCCUGGACUUUUUGUCGGCCAUCUAUUUGACCUGCGUGACCUUCCUCGCUGUGGGACUCUACCAGUCCCUGAACCUGCCACCGGCGCUGAUCGGCCUGAUCAUGAGCUAUGUGCUGCAGUUGAUGGGCAUGCUCCAGUGGGCUGCCCGACAGAGCGCCGAGACUGAGAAUCUGAUGACCUCGGUUGAGCGCGUGGUCGAGUACACCAAGAUCGAGAGCGAAGCCCCGGAUGUUACCGAUGCCAAGGUGCCGAGCCACUGGCCCACCCACGGCAAGGUCGACAUCCAGGAUCUCUCGCUGACCUACCCCGGUACGAACAAGCCCACCCUCAAGAACAUCUCGAUCGUGCUCCAGCCGGGCAGCAAAGUCGGCAUUGUUGGUCGCACGGGUGCUGGCAAGAGCAGCUUCCUGCAGGCACUGUUUCGGCUGGUGGAGCCGACGCCCAAAGGCUCGAUCCGGAUCGACGAUGUGUCCACGAGCGAUCUGGGCUUGACCGACCUUCGGAGCCGAAUCAGCAUCAUUCCACAGGAGCCGUUCUGUUUCAAGGGCACUCUGCGUUUCAACCUGGAUCCCUUUGGCCAUCACGACGACCGAACUUUGUGGAGGGCUUUGGAGGCCGUUGAGCUCAAGGCAACAAUAGAAGGCAUGCCGGACAAGAUGGAGAGCGAGGUUGCCGAGAACGGAAGCAACUGGUCGGUCGGUGAGAGGCAGCUGAUAUGCCUGGCUCGCGCCAUCCUGCGAGACACCAAGCUGAUUGUCAUGGACGAGGCCACAUCCUCAGUCGAUCUCCACACCGACGCCCUGGUGCAGAAGGCCAUCCGAUCCAAGUCCGGGAUGUUCUCAAACUCGACGGUUCUAACGAUAGCCCACCGCCUCAACACCGUCAUUGACUUUGACUACAUCAUGGUCCUGGACCAGGGUCGCCUGGUCGAGUUCGGGCGUCCCUGGGCCAUGCUCCAGAAAGACGCCGGACAUGCCGAUGCUUGGUUUGCGCGCAUGGUCAACGAGAUGGGCGACGAGGCCCGCCAGAAUCUCCUCGACAUUGCUUACCAGAAGGAGCAGGAGCGGCUGUCCUCGCCCGAGGCAUCCAAAAGCCCCUGA